GUGAGCAUGAGCUUGACGUCAGCUCGUCUUGUGGUGUUUUGGUCCAGUCGAGCCCCCACUCACCAAAAUGACAGCGAGGAAGUCUGGCUCCCGACUGGAGACCGAGAUAGAGCGGUGCCGUUCAGAGAGUCAGUGGGACAAGAUACCGGAGUUAGUACGACAGCUCUCAGCCAAACUAAUAUCAAACGAUGACCUAGGGGAGCUGCUGCUUGGGGAAUGCAAGCUUCAGACGUACCUGAAGGAGAACCCCAUCAAACAGGGAGCCAGCCCCAGGGGCCCCCAACCCAAACUAGUGGAGGUCAGGAAACACCUCACUGCUGCUCUGGACAGAGGAAACCUCAAGGCCGAUUACCUUCAGGAAGCCAGCGUGCUGAUGGCUAAACUUUGCUAUGUGGAGGGAGAACACAGAGACGCUUUAGGUCACUACAGCAAGGUGAACCUGGACGACAUGCAGCUAUUGGGAGCUCCUGUGUAUAGGCUGUCCAUGAUAGCAGAGGCAUACGCUACUAAAGGACUGUGUUUAGAGAAGGUCCCAGCUGCCUCCCCAUCUCUAUCCAAUAAGAACACUGGCUCUCCGUUGUCCAAUAGGGGCGCAACAGAGCGGGAGCAGGAAAUCAUCACCUGCUAUGAAAAGUCUGGAGACAUUGCUCUGCUCUACCUGCAGGAGGCUGAGAAGGCGUUGUCAGCGGGAAUUCAGAACCGCAGCCCAAAGCCCGGCCCAACAGCCCAAGACCUGGAACUGGGCUACUUCCUGGAGACAGGCCUGCAGAGAGCCCACGUCAUCCACUUCAAGAACGGCAACCUGACUAGAGGCGUGGGCCGGUUUCGGGAGAUUCUUCGGGCUGUUGAGAACAGAACCACCCAGAGCCUGCGCAUGACCAUAGCCAGACAGCUUGCAGAGAUCUUGCUCAGAGGAAUGUGCGAACAGAGUUACUGGUCUCCUCUGGAAGACCCUCCCACAGUGUCGCCAUUGGACGAUCCCACACGGCAAGGACACACUCACAGCAAGAACUACACCCUAAGCCGACGCCCACGAGUGUACUCGGGAGAGAAUCUGUUUUGCCCUCAGGAGAACACAGAAGAAGCUUUGCUGCUGCUGCUCAUCAGUGAGUCCAUGGCUAACCGUGACGCUGUCCUGAGCAGAAUUCCUGAACACAACAAUGAUCGUAUCAUCAGCCUGCAGUCUGCCUCUGUGGUGUACGACCUGCUGACUAUAGCUCUGGGCAGAAGAGGGCAGUACGAGAUGCUGUCAGAGUGUUUGGAGAGAGCCAUGAAGUUUGCCUUUGAGGAGUUCCAUUUGUGGUACCAGCUCGCCCUGUCGCUAAUGGCAGCUGGGAAAUCAGCUCGUGCUGUUAAAGUCCUUAAAGAGUGUAUUCGUCUGAAGCCUGACGACCCCACCAUCCCACUGCUGGCUGUCAAGUUGUGUAUCGGACCUCUGCACUGGUUGGAUGAGGGGGACUGCUUUGCAAAGAUGGUGAUUGACAUGGGAGAGAAAGCAGCAGAGUUCAGAGCCAAAGGCUACCUGGCCAUCGGGCUGGUUUACAGUCUCAAAGCAACUGAUGCAUCAUUGCGAAGCACACAGGAGGAGUACCAGAGGAAAGCUUUGGGAGCCUUCCAGAGAGCUCAGAGUCUGUCUCCUACUGACCAUCUAGCAGCCUUCUACUUGGCACUCCAGCUUGCUGUGUCCAGACAGAUCCCAGAGGCACUAGGCUAUGUUCGACAGGCGUUGCAGCUUCAAGGGGAUGAUGUCCACUCCCUUCACCUGCUGGCCCUGCUGCUCUCUGCUCAGAAACACUACCACGACGCUCUCAAUAUUAUAGAGAUGGCUCUGUCCGAGUACCCUGAGAACUUCAAUCUGCUUUAUACCAAGGUAAAGUUGGAGUCGAUGUGUAGAGGGCCGGAGGAAGCUCUGCUCACCUGUAAACACAUGUUGCAAAUCUGGAAGAGCUUUUACAACCUUACCAACCCCAGUGAUUCUGGGCGUGGCAGCAGUCUGUUGGACAGAGCCAUAGCAGACAGACGACAGCUCAAUGCCAUGACUCUGCCUGACUUCAGUGACCCUGAGACCGUCUCAGGUUCUUCCUCUUCUCUCUCUGGUUUUGAACUGGUCUUCCCCAACUCCCCAUCUACCAUUUCCAACCUCUCCUCCCCACUGUCCUCCCCUUCUUCCCCUGUCUUCAUCCUCCAGCCUCCUCCUUUCCAUCCUCCCAAAAACCCAUCCUUCCUCCCUCCUCUCCCUCCUCCUCCCCCUCCUCCUCCUCCCCCUCCUCCUCUUCCUCCUCCCGCGCCCGCCAAGACCAGGACUCAUUCCUUUUGCAACCACGUCACUCUCCGCCAGCUCUCCUCCAACUGCGGCCUUCAGGACGCUAACACUCUUGGUUUUUCCUCCAUGUUUUCUGUUUGUUCGGUUCAUGCUACAUCUAUAGCAGCGAGUCGUGUAGAGCAGGCACUGUCUGAGGUGGCAUCGUCCCUGCAGAGCAGCGCACCCAAGCAGGGACCAAUGCACCCCUGGAUGACCCUGGCUCAGAUCUGGCUGCAUGCAGCUGAGGUUUACACCAGCAUGUCGAAGCCCGCCGAGGCCUCGGCCUGCACGCAGGAAGCUGCCAACCUCUUCCCCACAUCCCAUAACGUGCUGUACAUGAGGGGGCAGAUAGCCGAGCUGAGGGGCAACAUGGACGAUGCCAAACGAUGGUAUGAAGAGGCCCUGUCCAUCAACCCUACGCAUGUCAAGACCAUGCAGAGACUGGGUCUGAUUCUUCACCAGCUGCAGCGCUACAGUCUGUCUGAAAAGGUCCUGAGGGACGCUGUGCAGGUUAACAGUACGGCUCAUGAUGUGUGGAACAGUCUGGGUGAGGUCUUGCAGGCUCAGGGAAACGCUGCCGCUGCCACCGAGUGUUUCCUCACCGCCUUGGAGCUGGAGGCCAGCAGCCCCAUCCUGCCCUUCACCAUCAUACCCAGAGCACUAUGAAACACACACCCUCACAGUUCUAGCCUAAGUACUGUAGCACAGUGGCACAAAUGAUGGACCUGCAAGUUGCACACACACAAACACAGCAUGCCUGCAUGCCACUUACACAAGGUUUUACUGCCGUACCCUCAGAUACACACACACACACACACACACACACACACUCACUGUAUACAGAUUCAAAUAGUACACAUGAACAUGCCUACCCGCCACCCACCCUUCCUACAAUGCCUUGUUGUGGCUGUGACACCUGACACCUGUGUGUGAGGGUAUGUGUCUGUAUGCGAGUGUGUGUCGAUUUGCGUGCCUGUUUGUGUCUGUGCAUGUGCACCCAUGUCUGUGUAUGUGUGCCAACAUGUUGCCUGUGCAUUUGUGUCUGGUUGUAAGUGAUUUGUAGUAUGCCGUGUGUGUUUGUUGUUUUUUCCUGUUCAAAAAUGUAAAUAAGACUCAGUUUGAGUUCCCACCCUGCCGUCGCUAGCAUUCAGAACAGUUUACAUUUUGUUUACGUUAUUUAGUCCAAAAAUACACACACACACACACACACAGUUUCCUUUUCCUUUCACACACUGAGGGUAAGUUUAGACUAUCUGACAAAAAAUAAAUGUGUUUUAUUAAUGUUUCCUUUGUAAGCCAAAUAUUACUGAUAAUCUCAACCAGACACACACACACACACACACACGUUCACUUGCUGUAUGGCUGGUUUAGAACAGCCAGAUCUUUGAGAAUCAACUAGAGCAUCAAGAAAUAAGAUCAAGGGAUCGCUGAGGAAUCAAUCAGUAAAGUCUAAAUGCCAAAACACAGGCUGCAUUUACACACACGGGAUAUCAGAUUUGAAACGUCCAAUGGAUAGCUGCCAGUUCUUGAAUUAAAGCACUCUUUUUCUCACGUGUCAAUCCUUUAAUGCUCCUUUGUUGAACCAUACUUCCAUGACAUUCUCUGGUUUAACACAUUUUCCCAAUAUGUGCACUGUUCUCCAAGGGAAGUUUUGGAGCUAAAGGAAUAGUUUGAAUUUUCCUUUCUUACUGAGUGUUAGAUGAAACGAUUGCUACCACUCUGUUUGUACGGUAAAGGUAAAGCUACUACCAGCAGCACAUUAGCUUAGCAAACAGCAGCUAAGGCUCAUCUAUUAACACUGUAGGUUUCUGUACAGAUACAUGAAAUGUAAUGUAAGUGUAAAAAGAUUUAAGUUUAAAUAGAGACAUGCUAAUUUGUGAGCUUUAGAUGUGCUGGUUAGCCAGGCUAGUCCUUUUCCCCCCUGUUGCUGGUCUUUAUGCUAAGCUAAGCUAACCGGUUGUUAGCUCUACCUUCAGGCUACUAGCAGCUGUAGUCACCUCCAAAAACUCGAUAAUGUUACAGAUAACCUGUGAAGUUUCUUGUAAAUUUGUAGAAAACUGGAGCUCCUGUGAAACAUUCAUAGUUUAACAAAGUGUAAUCAUAAAUGGGAGGAAUCUGUUACACACGUUUUCUCAAAAAUCAGAUUUUCUGUUGUGUGUAAAUGCAUCCAGUGAUUGUGUUGUCUUUGUGUCCUGUCACAGUCAUGUUAAAUACAACUAGAUAAAUAUAGUUUUUUUGUUUCAUUAUAAAUACAAAUGAUUAUUGUUGUAUAUUUGAUUGUUCCAAGUGUAUUAUUGUUAUUAUUUUAGAAAGUAAAUUAUAAUUCUAUUUUCUGGAAAGUUAUGCUGUUGGGGGAAUAAAAGGAUGAAGCUGAUUGAGUUUGUUGAUAUGAGCUCAGUCAGUGAGUCCUUUGUGCUGUAAAUGAAUGACUGAAAUUAGGAUGAUAAUAAUGAGAGAUAAUAAAAGUGGUCAAAAACUUUA